AUGGGUUUUCAGGGGACCGUGAAAUGCAACAUAGGAGCAUCUUGGUCAGAAGGUUCAUCAUCUAGUGGAGCUGCAUGGAUCCUUAGAGACAGUAAUGGCUCAGUGAUGCUACAUAGUCGUAGACAAUAUUCUGGCAUUGGGUCUAAUAGAGAAGCGGAAUUCUGGGUUAUACUAUGGGCAGUAGAGGGUAUGAGAAGCACUAACCAACAGAACAUUACUUUUGAGGCGGAUUUCGAACAAGCGAGAGUGGUAUUCCUCAAUCCUAAUAGAUUUCCGUCACUAAGAAGCCUCUCCUCUACAAUUCUAGCCCUGUUGAGUGACUUGGAAUCGUGGCGUUUUGCACACGUAAACACUUCAAGGAACUUCCCUGCAACUAGGAUCGCUGCUAGUGUGACGAGAGAUAAUCGAACACAGUCCUACGUUGCUAGAGGAGGUCCUUACUGGCUCUCCCAAACGCUCAACGAAGAGAAGCGACUUGGUUAA